CAGCGGUGCAAGCUUUCCGAGUGAAAUCGGGGAUGAGUUUCGCACUUAUGAGGACUUUUUGGAUUCUCAGAUUAAACCUUUGGAUCUAUAUUACCUUCAGGUAUAGCAGUUUGCCGGUAGAUGGCGACAUGGUACUUCUGUAAUGAAACAAGAUGCAUUACCUACACCUAAUGGAUCAGGAAGUGGCCCGCCAGCUGGUGGAGCUGGGCCACAAGGGUAGCAGUUUGGAGAGGGAGGAAUUUGAGACAAUGAAAGCAGCUGCCGAGGCCUCCAGGCUUGCUUCGAAGAGCCAACAGAAGAAGCUGGCAAAUGCAGGAAAGGAACUCAAAGAUAACUUCCUGAGAGCCAUGGCAGAGCGGGAGGAGGCAAACCGCAGCGGGGAAAUGACUUCCAUCAUUUUCAUAAGGGACAGAAAUUCUCAUGGACAGGAAAUAUCUGGCUACAUAGACUACUCCCACCGACUAAAAACCGAAGACUUUGAACCAUAUUUCAGCGGAAAGAAAAGACUUUUGCCAAGACCAACUGACUUGAGCUUCUACAACUGGAAAACUCGGGUGGCUAAAUAUAAUACCAGUUUAAACUAUGAGGUGAUCACAGAGAAUCAAAGUGGCUUGCUGUUUGAAAACAAAGAAGACAGAAAAAUAUUGAAUGUUGACCCGGAGGCAUCACCUGGUGACAGCUCUGUCCGAAUUCCUGUCCAGUCUGACCUAUAUGUACAUGUUGUCUUUUAUGACCACAUCCCCAGAAAACCCUGAAGCAGUUCCUGUUCACCACUCUACAAUUAAAUAUGUAU